CAUUCUUUAUAAUGUUUUGUAUACUGUUUAUGCCAUGUAUUAGGGCUCCUAACGUUGUCCCUAUUUUUUCUUCCAUGAUCUUUAUCAUUUUCGAUUUUAUAUUUAGGUCUUUGAUCCAUUUUGAGUUAGUUUUUGUGCAUGGAGUGAGGUACUGGUCUUGUUUCCUUUUUUUGCAGAUGAAUAUUCAGUUAUGCCAGCACCAUUUUUUAAAAAGACCGUCUUGUCCCCAUUUAACUGUUUCGGGGCCUUUGUCAAAUAUCAGCUGCUCAUAUGUGGAUGGAUUUAUGUCUGAAUUCUCAAGUCUGUUCCGUUGGUCCAUGUAUCUGUUGUUGUACCAGUACCGGGCUGUUUUGACUACUGUGGUGGUAUAAUAGGUUCUAAAAUCAGGUAAAGUAAGGUUUCCUGCCUUGUUCUCCUUUUUCAGUAAUGCCUUACUUACCUGGGGCCUCUUUCCCUUCCGUAUGAAGUUGGUGAUUUGUUUCUCCAUCUCAUUAAAGAAUGUCGUUGGCAUUUGGAUCGGAAUUGCAUUAAAUGUGUGGAUUGCUUUUGGUAGAAUAGACAUUUUUAUAGUGUUGUCUUCCUAUCCAUGAGCAAGGUAUGUUUUUCCACUUACGUAAGUCUCUUUUGGUUUCUUGCAGACGUGUAUUAUAGUUUUGUUUGUGUAAGUCUUUUACAUUCUGGUAAGAUUUAUUCCUAAGUAUUUUAUCUUCUUGGGGGCUACUGUAAAUGGCAUUGAUUUGGCGAUUUCCUCUUCGAUAUUCUUUUUGUUGGUGUAGAGGAAUCCAACUGAUUUUUGUAUGUUUAUCUUGUAUCCUGAUACUCUGCUGAACUCCUCUUUUAGUUUCAGUAGUUCUCUGGAGGAUUCCUUCGGGUUUUCUGUGUAUAAGAUCGUGUCAUCUGCAAAUAGAGGUACUUUUACUUCUUCCGUGCCAAUCUAAAAAAAACCAAAACACUCAUAGCGACCCUAUAGGACAGAGUAGAACUGUUCCAUAGAGUUUCCAAGGAGUGCCUGGUGGAUUUGAACUGCCAGCUUCUUGGUUAGCAGGCGUAGCACUUAACCACUAUGCCACCAGGGUUUCCUUGCCAAUCUGGAUGCCCUUUAUUUCUUUAUCUAGCCUAAUUGCUCUGGCUAGGACUUCCAGUACAAUGUUGAAUAAGAGUGGUGAUAAAGGGCAUCCUUGUCUGGUUCCCGAUCUCAACGGGAAUGUUUUUGGCUCUCUCCAUUUAGGGUGAUAUUGGCUGGUGGCUUUGAAUAAAUGCCCUUUAUUAUGUUGGGGAAUUUUCCGUCUAUUCCUAUUUUGCUGAGAGUUUUUAUCAUGAAUGUGUGUUGAACUUUGUCAAGUGCCUUUUCUGCAUCAAUUGAUAAAAUCAUGUGAUUCUUGUCUUCUGUUUUAUUUAUGUGGCGGAUUACAUUAAUUAUUUUUCUAAUGUUUAAACAUCCCUGCAUACCUGGUAUGAAUCCCACUUGGUCACGGUGAACUAUUUUUUUGAUAAGUUGUUGAAUUCUUUUGGCUAGAAUUUUGUUGAAAAUUUUUGCAUCUACGUUUAUGAGGGAUAUAGGUUUAUAUAUUUUUUUUCUUGUGGUGUCUUUACGUGGUUUUGGUAUCAGGGAUAUGGUGGUUUCAUAGAAUGAGUUUGGUAGUAUUCCGUCCUUUUCUAGCCUCUGAAAUACCUUUAGUAGCAGUGAUGUUAACUCUUCUCUGAAAGUUUGGUAGAACUCUGCAGUGAAGCCAUCCGGAUCGGGGCUUUUUUUUGUUGGGAGUAUUUUGAUUACCUUUUCAAUCUCUUCUUUUGUUAUCGGUCUAUUUAGUUGUUCUGCCUCUGUUUGUGUUAGUUUAGGUAGGUAGUGUGUUUCUAGGAAUUCAUCCAUUUCUUCUAAGUUUUCGAAUUUGUUAGAGUACAAUUUUUUAUAGUAACCUCAUGAUUCUUUUAAUUUCAGUUGGGUGUGUUGUAAUAUUGCCCAUCUCAUUCCUUAUCCAGGUUAUUUACUUCCUUUCAUAUUUUUCUUUUGUCAGUUUGGCCAGUGGUUUAUGAAUUUUUUUGAUUUUUUUCAAAGAACCAGCUUUUGGUCUUGUUAAUGCUUUGAAUUGUUUUUCUGUUUUCUAUUUCAUUUAGUUCUGCUCUAAUUUUUAUUAUUUGUUUUCUUCUGGUAUCUGUGGGUUUCUUUUGUUGCUCUCUUUCUAUCUGGUCAAGUUGUAGGGAUAAUUCUUUGAUUUUGGCCUGUUCUUCCUUUUUUAUGUGUGCAUUUAUUGAUAUAAAUUGACCUCUAAGCACCGCUUUUGCUGUGUCCCAAAGGUUUUGAUAGGAAGUGUUUUCAUUCUCAUUGGAUUCUAUAAAUUUUUUUAUUCCAUCCUUAAUGUCUUGUAUAAUCCAGUCUUUUUUAAGUAGGACAUUGUUCAGUUUCCAAGUGUUUGAUUUCUUUUCCCUGCUUUUUCUGUUAUUGCUUUCCACUUUUAUGGCCUUAUGGUCAGAGAAGAUGCUUUGUAAUAUUUCAGUGUUUUGGAUUCUGCUAAGGCUUGCUUUAUGACCUAAUAUGUGGUCUAUUCUAGAGAAUGUUCCAUGUGCACUAGAAAAGAAAGUAUACUUGGCUGCCGUUGGAUGGAGUGUUCUGUAUAUGUCUAUGAGGUCAAGUUGGUUGAUUGUGGCAUUUAGAUCUUCUGUGUCUUUAUUGAGCUUCUUUCUGGAUGUCCUGUUCUUCAGUGAAAGUGGUGUGUUGAAGUCUCCUAGUAUGAUUGUGGAGCUGUCUAUCUCACUUUUCAAUGCUGUUAAAAAAACAACCCACUGCUGUCGAUAGAUAGAGUUUGUUUUUAUGUAUCUUGCAGCCCUGUCAUUGGGUGCAUAAAUAUUUAAUAUGGUUAUAUCUUCUUGGUGUAUUGUCCCUUUAAUCAUUAUAUAGUGUCCUUCCUUAUCCUUUCUGAUAGAUUUAACUUUAAAGUCUAUUUUGUCAGAAAUUAAUAUUGCCAGUCGUGGUGUUUUUUGAUUGUUGUUUGCUUGAGGAAUUUUUUUCCGUCCUUUGAGUUUUAGUUUGUAAGUGUCUCUGAGUCUAAGGUGUAUCUCUUGUAGGCAGCAUAUAGAUGCAUCUUGUUUUUUAAUCUGUUCUGCCACUCUCUGUCUCUUUACUGGUGCAUUGAGUCCAUUUGCAUUCAGCAUAAUUAUGGGUAGGUAUGAAUUUAGUGCUAUCAUUUUGAUGUCUUUUUUUGUGUGUUGUUGACAGUUUCUGUUUCCCACUUGACUUUAUGUGCUGAGUAGAUUUUCUUUAUAUAUUGUCCUUUUCUCAUAUUUGUUGUUGUUGAUUUUGUUUCUGCUGAGUCUCUAUUUUUUCUUGUAUUUUAUUUUGAUGAGUAGGAUAGUUUGUCUCCUUUGUGGUUACCUUAUUAUUUACCCCUAUUUUUCUAAAUUUAAGCCUAAAUUUUAUUUCUUUGUGUCACCAUGUCUUCCUCUCCAUAUGGAAGGUGUAUGAUUACAUUUCUUAGUCCCUCUGUAUUAUUUUAAUGUUGUCUUAUAUAAUAACAUCGCUGUUACCCUGCUUUGAGCUUUUUUUUUUUGUAAUCUUGCUUUGUUGUUUUCGAUUUCCCUGUCUGGGUUGACUUCUCGUUGCUCUGCCCAGUGUUCUAGACUUGGGUUGAUACCUGAUAUUAUUGAUUCUCUAACCAAAGAACUUGGUUUAGUAUUUAUUGUAGUUUUGGUUUGGUUUUUAUGAAUUACCUAAAGUUGUGUUUAUCCGGAAAUGUCUUAAUUUCACCUUCAUAAAUAAGAGACAGUUUUGCUGGAUAUGUGAUUCUUGGCAGACAAUUUUUUUCCUUCAGUUUUUUAAAUAUGUUAUCCCCUUGCCUUCUUACCUGCAUGGUUUCUGCCAAGUAGUCCGAGGUUAUUUUUAUUUGAAUGCUCUCCUUUGUAGGUGACUUUUCGUUUAUCCCUCCGUGCUCUUAUAAUUCUCUAUCUUUGGUUUUGGCAAGUUUGAUUAUAAUAUGUCUUGAUGACUUUCUUUUAACAUCUUCCUUAUGUGGAGUUUGAUGAGCUUCUUGGAUAGAUAUCUUCUCAUCUUUCACAAUAUCAGGGAAGUUUUCUGCCAACAAAUCUUCAACAAUUCUCUCUGUAUUUUUUGUUAUCCCUCCCUGUUCUGUUACUCCAGUCACUCGUAGGUUAUUUUCUCUUGAUAGAGUCCCACUUGCUUCUUAAGGUUUCUUCAUUUUUGAAAUUCUUUUAUCUGAGUUUUCUUCUAAUACAUUAGUGCCAAGUGAUUUAUCUUUGAGUUCAGAAAUUCUGCCUUUUAGUUGCUCAAUUCUGCUCCCCUUUCUAUUGAGUUGUCUACUUCUGUAAUUUUGUUAAUCUUCUGAAUUUCUGCUUGCUGUGUGUCUAUGGAUUUUUCUAGCUUAUUAAACUUUUCAUUGUGUUCCUGAAUAAUCUUUCUAAUUUUUUCAGUUGCUUUAUCUGUGUGUUCCUUGGCUUGUUCUGCGUAUUGCCUCAUUUCCUUCCUAAUGCCUCGACGGGUUCUGUAUAUUAAACUUUUGUAUUCUGCAUCUGGUAAUUCCAGGAAUGCACUUUCAUCUAGAAGAUCCCUGGAUUCUUUGUUUUGAGAGGCUGUUGAGCUGAACAUGGUUUGUUUCUUUAUGUGACUUGAUAUUAACUGUUGUCUCCAAGCCUUCUAUAAGUUAUUGUGUUAGUUUAUUCUUGAUUACUGUGUCAUAGCUUCUUUCUUUGAUUUGGUUUGAUAGACCCGAAUGGGUUGUUUGUGUGAGCUAGCUGGAUUAUUUUUGCCUUUGGAGCUCUUACAUUCUGUCUCCAGAUGGCUAGAGGUAUCUUUAGGCAUAUCAGCCUAGGAGUCCAUUCAUUUUCUUGUAUGAAUUCAGCUCAGGUUUCCAGGUAGCUGAUCAUCGAGUGUGUGAUAAAGGCUCUGUCCUACAGCCUUAGAGAGGCAGGGGUGAUUGGUGUAUAUACCGGUAUCUGAUUGUAGCAGGGGAUCACACUCUGAACAGGGGAGCGGGCUGAGAACCGACCCCCGAGUGUCUCUGAGGAAAGCGCAUCCCUGUUCCCUAGAGCUUGCAGGUGGGUGGGUUCUGCAGCAGACCAUGAGCACCCAGUAUUUUUGGUUGUAAAGACUGGGAGGUACCAGUUAUCCUUAGUCCCGUGUCGUGGGUGGCUGAGUGACCUGAGUGGAGCUAGCAGUCCUUAGGUCCCUGAGGUGGGUAGGUGAGGGCCUUGUGUAAUAGGCAAAGCAAUGUCAAACGCCAAACACCCACCUCUCCACUGUACAGCUAAAAUGGUUGGAGUUUGCCAACAAGUGCCUAUUCUCCUGAAAUAGGCCCACACAGGUCCAUGCAGAAGGGAAAGGUGCUCAAGGUCCACGGACAGUUUAUGCCUGGACAGGAGCUGCUUCUGUCCUGAGCUCCCCCCGUUAAUGGAGCUAGCAAAUUAUCUUUUUCCCCCAAGUGCAAAUUUUUUCCUUCCCCAAGGCCAGGAGGAUGGCUCUAGGUGCUCAACAGGGCCUACUUCAGGCCCAGAGAAUUUAGCCACUGAAGCCUGCUUGGGGGUGGGUGUGCACGGUAAAAAAUACUCAGGUACUUAGCUUUUGCCGUGCACGCUGUUCUCCUCAGGUUCUGGAGGUGUGAGUAGGCUGUGUGGCUGGCUGGUUCUUCCUGAGGAAACUGUGGCCAAAAGCUAGUACCAGGCCGCGGCUCUGGGAAUGGUGCCUGAGGGCUCCUCUCAAUUCAGGUCUGUAACUCCUGUCCACUUUUGAAUGGUGUCUUCCUCCCCCGCCCCUCAGUUCAUUUUCUAAACUUGCCUUUGAAGCUCAGGGCUACCAGCUUGUCAUAAAUAUACUCGUUUCACUUGUUUUUUCCUGUCUUUUUGUAAAGAGGGUUCCCCGGAAGCGCCUGUCUAUUCCAUCAUCUUGGCUCCCCAGACAAAGUAUUUUUUAAGUGUAACAUCUUGUUUUGUUGACUUUAGAAGAAAAAUCUGGAAAGUAACCUUAUUUUAUGUGGUAGUAAUGUAAUCUAGCUUUUUUUUUUUUUUUCCAGCAACACUGUGCAGAAAUAUCUUUUACCUGUGUUAUGAUAGCUGUUUUGGAAGAGAAAAACCUUUUUUGCUUGUCUGGCCGAGAUUUAAACUCAACUUUCUAAACUUUAUGAUAUUUGUAAAAUUAUUUAAUUAUUAAAAUUUCUUUUGUUACUCUUUUAAGAUUUUUUAAACUGAACUUUGUUUUAGAAUAGUUUCAGAUUUACAGAAAGCUGGAUAGAUAAUAGAGAGUUUCUGUAUACUUCUCACCCAGUUUCUCCUUAAGUUAACAUCUUAUAUUACCAUGGUACAGUUUUCACAACUAAGGAACCAAUCUUGGUACAUUAGUAUUAACAGAAAUCUACGGUCUGUAUGGAUUUCACUAGUUUUUCCCUAAUGGCUAUCUUCUGUCUCAGGAUCCGUAUUACAUGACCUUAUUACAUUUAGAAAUGAUCUGUAUUAUAUGACCAUAUUAACGUUUUGCCAUGUCUCCUUAGGCUUCUCUGGUCUAUGACAGUUUCACAGACUUUGUUUCUGAUGACAUUGAGAGUUUUGAGGUGUGCUUAUCUGGUAUUUUGUACAGUGUUCCACAAUUUGGGUUUGCGUGUUGUUUUUCUUAUGAUUAGACCGGGGUUUUGGGUUUUGGGAAGGAAGACCACAAAUGUAGAGCGUCCAUGCUAUUAACAUGACUCAUCACUAUUGAUGCUGACUUCGAUCACCUGGCUGAGUUAGUAUUACCAGGUUUCUCCACUGCAAAAAUACUUUCCCCACCUUUCCAUGUUAUACUCUUUGGAAGCAAGUCACUAAACAGUCUAUACUCAAAGAGAGAUUUGUAUCUUUGCCCCCAUUUAUUUACUCAGUUAUUUUAUGUUGGUAUGGAGUCAUAGAUAUUUACUUUAUACUUUGGAUUAUAAGCUAGUACUAUAUUAUUUCUUUUUUUGCUUAAAUUGUUCCAGCUUUGGCCAUUGAGAGCUCUUUCAGGUUGUCUCCUGUGUCUUUUUGAUAGUCUCCAUUGUUUUGUUUUUUAACACUCCCUUCCUUAACUCUGGCAUUAAAAGGUGCACCAGGCUUAUCUUGCAUAUUCUCUACCCCAACCAAAUAGUCACUCAUUUCUCCUAGGAGUGCUGGUCCUUUUUAUGGAAGAAUGGUAUUAGAAAUCAAGAUCGGCACCUUGGGUGUGCUUGUUGCUACUGAGAUGUCAUUGCUUCUAGGUCCUCUAAGCAGAUAAAGCUAAAGGAGAAAGUGUGUAUAUUACUAACCCAUAUAUAUAUUGCCAUCCAGUCCAAUUCUGACUCACAGCCACCCUAUAGGACAGCGUAGAACUGCCCCACAGGGUUUCCAAGGCUGUAAAUCUUUAUCGAAGCAGACUGCCAUAUCUUUUCUCCUGUGAAGCUGUUGAAUUCAAACUGUCGACCUUUUGGUUUAGCAGUUGACCACUUAACCACUGUGUCACCACACACACAUACACACACACGUAUUGUCUUAGUCAUCUAGUGCUGCUAUAACAGUAAUACAACACAUGGAUGGCUUUAACAAAGAGAAAUUUAUUUCUUCACAGUAAAGUAGGCUAAAAGUCCAAAUUCAGGGCAUUAGCUCCAGGAGAAGGCUUUCUCUCUCUGUAGGAUCUGGAGGAAGGUGCUUGUCAAUCUUCCCAUGGUCCAGGAGCUUCUCAGGCUCAGGGACCCCAGGUCCAAAGGACACGCUCAGCUCCUAGUGCCGCUUUCUUGGUGGUAUAAGGUCUCCAACUCUACUUGCUUCCCUUUCCUUUUAUCUCUUGAGAGAUAAAAGGUCAUGCAGGCCACACCCCCAGGAAACUCCCUUUACCUUGGAUCAGGGAGGUGACCUGAGUAAGGGCGGUAUUACAAUCACGCCCUAAUCCUCUCAACAUUAGGUUACAAUCACAAAAUGGAGGACAACCACACAGUAGUGGGAAUCAUGGCCUAACCAAGUUGAUAACACAAUCUUGGGGGGACAUAAUUCAAUCCAUAACAUAUAUGUGUGUGUGUGUGUGUGUAUAUAAUUUCUGUAUCUGUACGUAUCGAUAAUUAGGCUCAGCAUGAGUUCAUGCUGAUGUCUCUGAAUCUAAUCCAGUACUGCAUGGUUCAUUCUAGCCUUCCCUCAUUGCCUCCUUCUGCAGUAGUCAGAAACCUGGCUUCUCCUGUCUUUCAUUUAUUUACGUAUUUGUUCAGUCUCUGUAUACCUGUACAGCUUUCUAGGAUUUGCCAUAACUCUGUUUUACAAGUUAUAAACCAGACUUUUCUCAUACAUUUGUAAAAGUUGCUUAUUUACUCUUUGAAGUAAUUGUAAUUAAACAGCACUUGCUAUUUGCUAAACAUUGUUCCGUGAACCUUACAUGUAUUAACCCCUUCUAGUCUCGCAUUAGUGCUAUGAUGUUGGAACUUAACCCAUGUUACAGAUGAGAGUAGAGGAACACAGAAAGCUUAAGUGAUUUGCCCGAGGUUCCACUGCUAGUCAGUGGCAGCGCCAGCAUAGGAACCCACACAGUCUGGCUCUAAAGAGUCCAUACUGUUAACCAUUAAGCUGCACUGCCAAAGUCAUUUUCUAAUUUUUAAAAGUAUUAUUAUUAUUAUUGUUUUUUGCUAAGGAAGGAGGGCUGGACUCGGUGGUAUCAGAAAAAUACCUCCCUGGGUAUGAGAGGGGAUAGUGAUUAGGAAAAAGUAAAUCAUAAAAGGGCAAGCAUGCAGAAAUGGCACUAUAUAUUCACUAAAGGAGAAGAUUUGUUUUCUUCUAGUGAAUUGAGAUUGUACUUGUGAGGAAAGUAGCUUAUGCUUUUGAAAAUGUCCUGGAAUAAAACAUGGGCAGCCUCCUGCCUCCCUCAAACCAUCCCAUGACAACUGCCAGGAGACUAUUUUUUUCCUUGGGGCGGGAGCAUGUGGUUCUCACCCUCCACGUGUGUGUCUCGGGCAGAGGAAAGGAGUCGGCCAGAGCUGGAGUUAACAGAGGCGUUUAGCUGGCUGCUGGUCAAGUCCACAGCCAUAUCAGUUGGAGAGUUUUCUUUAUUAACAUGCCGGAAACAUCUUAUCCAUCUGCUUCACCAGAGUCUGUUUUGCAUUUGGUUUCACUGGCCAGUUUAUAUAGAAAAGUUUAUUCUGGAGCUUUGUUUUCAAACGUGGCAAACUGUUUCCACCCCCUUCCCAGCAUCUGAUUAAAAUUUUUUUUUUAACAGCUGCAUUGAACUAUAAUCAUAUACCAUACAACUCACCCAUUUAAAUUGUACAAGUCAGUGGUUUUUAGUGUAUUCAGAGUUGUACAACCAGUCUGAAUUAGAGUCAUAAAAUUAGAGACAAGAUAAAGGGAUUUAUUUCUUCCAAAUAUUGAUUUAUAGUUCUGCUUCUAUAUUAACUGCUAUCAGUGAACACCAAAGGUGACUAUUAUUACCUAACAUUAUUUAACUUAUAGGAUUGGAGAGACAUAAAAACCAUAGAAACUAUCAGAUUUGGUUUAAUUUGUUUGGUCCCCAUUGAAAUAAUGCAGGCAAUUGCCUUGUUUUCACCAUAAUUCCAUUUUUCUUUCUCUUCUUUACUUAUCUCUUUUUCUGACACUCAGCUUUUAGGGCAUUUAAUCCCAUAGACCUGUUUCAACUAAGUCGCAGUUAGGUUGAAAUUAGGUUGUACUUAUUACUAGUCUACCAAUAUAUGUAGAGGGAAGAGAUUUUUUGUGCAGUAAACAUUUCUAUUUCUUUAGUGUGGAACAUGGUGAAUUUCUCCAGUGGCUUAAACUGUCAGAUCAGUUGGCAUAGAGAAUCUGAAGGAAACUUUAAUCACUCGUUCUUAUGCUUAUCUCCUUGUCCUUUAUGCUUAAAUGGUGCUCAUACAUUUGGAACUGUUUGAGGACCAUAACUUUUAAGUAGCACUUCAUUUCCGAGGAGGAGUUUGGACUUUGCAAGUACAGGCUGUCAUUUCCCAGAAAUGAAGAUUAACUAGUAAAACCUGGUUAUGAACCCUACUCAAGUUAUGGGCCAAGGUACCUGGCUCACAGAAUUGCUUUUCUAACCUCUUGAACUUCUUAGCUCUCCAAAAAAUUGUUGGUGACAAUAUUUAUGAUUCUCUGUGGAGUACUUGGGUGGUGCACACCGUUAAAUGCUUUAUUAGCUGAAAGGUUGGUAGUUCAAACCCACCCAGAAACGCCUCUGAAGACAAGCCUGGCAAUCUCCUUACACAGAGUCCUUUGGAGCAGUUCUACUCUGCACACAUGGGGUUGCCAUGCAUCAGAAUUGACUUGAUGCCAACCAACAACAACAUUGAAAUUGUUUGGUCAUUUAAUUUUGGAUAAAUGAGUUACCAUUUAUAUAAUAAAUUACUAUUUACAUAAUACUUGGUUUUCAUAAAAGGCCCGUAGUGUUAGAUUGGUACACACUCAUAAGAGAGAUGAGGCACAAUAGGCAGGGUAGGAAAGAGAUCUGCAGGCAGGCAACAGUGAAAGUGGGAGGUGGGGACAGUUUCUCAAAAACAUUGCUGAAACAUUUUCUUAAGAAAACGUAUUCUAAAAAACUUGCCUAACGUUAUUCUUGUAACCUGAGGUAGUUUUAAAGUUGUACUAGCCUUUUAUUUCCCCCAGAAUGGUUUCUAAGAACUAUUUAAUAAAAGAUUUUAAUGUAAUACUAUACAAUUCCUUCAUACUGGGACUUGGCAGUAAGGUAGAACUUUAAGGUUUAAGCAGCAUGUUUUUUCCCCCUGAAUCUGGGGACCACUGAUGUUGAGAAAAGAUCAGUGCCUCUCUUUGCAACCCAAUUUCAGCUGUUGAUGAAAGGCUGGUGAAUAUGUUUCUGUUUUCCAGACUUGGCUAUUUCUGUAAAGAUUAGAACAUGUUGCUUGUUGUAAAGUGUCAAGACAAAGAGGAAUAAAAUCAGUUUAAUUAUGGUGGAAUGUUUUAAAGCUUAUUAUGAUAAUCGCAUUUUUCAUCUAGCAUGUAUUCUUUGAGCCACUCUUGUUGGGGUGACCUUGGGAGUGUGUGGUGGGAAUCUGUGAAUAACUGUGUUGUAAGAUGUAGAGACUGAUAUAAGGGGGAAAAGAAUAGUGUACUUUGGGAAUGUAUCAGAAUCUUGUACAUUCCAUAUAGGAAGCAGAAGGUUGAAAGCCCCUCAUGAGUGGCAAAGUGAUCUGAAACUGUGCGUAUCCAAGCCUCUUUGUACAUGUGGUGGAGUCUGGGCAUCUUGUACUCUAAGAACUCCCCAGGUAUCUCUGAGAAGAACAGUUGCAAGUGGCUAUCUUGUCCUUGGAAUCUGCGUAUCUACCAUGUCGCUGUUCCACAUACAACAAAUAGAAUCUCACAGUUAGUCCUAGUCUGUGUAGUGAUUGACAGUGACUUGUGUUUUGACUGCCAGUCUUCUUCAGGUAUUUUGUAAUUAUACUUGCUUUUCUUACCAAAACCAGCAUCUGACCACUGGCUCCGUACCCAGUCCAGCCUCUGGGCUGCACAGGACUGUCCAAACUGUUUUCGGAGUGAUUGUACAUUUUACAUUCCCAUCUUAAGGGUUCUGUGAUCCAGUGAGUUUGGGAAAUGUUUCCCCUCUUUGAGAUUUACAUAAUACAUUAGCAUAUUAAAGACUGAGAAAUCAUGCAGUAGAUAUACUUUUUAACUUUGACUUGUUAUUUCCCUAAAUUAAUUGACCAUGAACCUAAACAAAUUUAUUUUUAUUUUCCUAAUGACUGUAAUCUCAAUUCCACAGAACACACUUUGGGAAAUGUAGGGCUAGCGAACUGCUAAAAGCUUGAUUUUGUCCUUACUCAGUUUCUUCCCUUGUUGUAAAAUAGUAAGGUCUGGAAAAUUAAAAUGAAAUAAUGUAUAUGACAAGUACUUCGCGAACUCCAGAGUACCUGCCAUACGGCAUUUGUUGUUGUCAAGUAUUUAAGCCUCCCCUUCUUAGCCGCCAUGUAAAUGUGGUAGCUGGCCUCUUUGGAAUCUGAAGGCAUUACGUUUAGUCACUGUUCCCAUCUGUACACUUUCAGAUUUUUUCAGUGCUAACGAUGCCAGAUGUUCUUUCCCUUAGAAUUGUUUUUCCGACUCUGAUAGACUUCUGUGCUUCUCACCUCAUUUGUAGAGCAUAGUUGACAUGCCAAGAACUCAGUGAAUGAUGAAGCCCUUGCCAGACAAGCUUACUAGUUCCGCCCACUUUCUCACCAAUCCCAAGUGGUUAUUCAGGGUAAUGGACUUUCAGGAUUCUAACAGUAUAUAGUUUUACCAUGUAACAAAGUCAUUAAACAUAAGCUAACAGUAGCUUUUUGUCCCUGUACCUAGCACCAUACGUGGCAUGUAGUUGGCUCCCAGUAAAUGUUUAAUAACUAAAUGAGAUAUUGAAACCAUAUACCAUUGUCUUUCCUGAAAGAGUCAAAUGGAGUCACUGUUUAGAGAAAGAAUGUAGGUUGGUAUGUACACUCAAUCUGGAAUAUGCACCACAAGAUCACAGUAUAAUUUAAGUAGGAAACUAUAGUUAAAACAUCUGGAUUUUUGUCAGAAGUGAGGGAGUCAUAUUUACUGGCUAUCUCUCUGUACUUUCAAUCUGGAUUCAAAAUAACAGCUUUAACUAAAAAUAGAGGCCAAGAAGACAUUCUUCUCUCAUGUAGAUGUCCAUUUCCUUGUCUUUUUGGGAAAUCCACUCUUAAUUUAAAUUGAAAAAAUUAUAUGCUGCAUAUCUUACUAAAAAAGUUACUGUUUAACAGGACUUUGAAUUCUGUCCAUUUUCUCCAAAUUUAAGUAUUUUUAAGUAUUGAAAAAAAUUUUUUUAAAGCACACUCUAUUAUUUCUAAAAGAUAUACUUAAUGCCAGUGUAAAUUGUAUGGUGUGGGCAUGCUUCAUUUGAGUAAAAAAAAAUACAAAAAACAAUGCCAGAACAUUGAUAGCAAUAACUGUGAUAUGUGCGCCUUUAAUGUCGUUAGACCACGUAGCCUUUUGGGGGUCAUAUGUAUUUAGAAUGGCUGUUCUGUACAUUUUGGUUUAAUUGCUGGAGUGAGAUUGUUUCAUUUUUGAGAAGCUAGAAAGCUUUUGAAAAGUUAACUAAGUGUUUUUAUAUACUUCGUAGUAUUAAAAGUACUGCUUAUGGUAUUAACUCAAAGGCCUUUUUAAAAAUACUUUUAAGUAUCACUUUUAUUAUAAUGAAAUUAAUGUUUGUCUCUGCUUUUCUUCUCACACUUGUAUAUUUGGUUCAGAAUUAUGUCGCAAAGAGUCUUGACUGUUACAGUAAAAUGACUAUAAUGGUUUAAUGGUUUUCAGUAGAGUUUGUUAUUGUAAUGUGGGAACACAGAAUCAAAAUUUAGAUAGAUGUAGAGCUUUACAAAAAAUUCUAAUGUUUUCAGCGUUGCCAGUUGCUUUUUUAUAUUACAGUGGGUUUUAAUUUUCCGAAACUGAAAUUCUGCCUAAAUUAUUGAAAUUGGUACAGGUUGUUACAUGAGUGCAGAGGACUCAGAAUUCUUGGUCCUGGCUAUUUGUGUGGUAUAUCCUGGCAACCCACCACAGGUUCAGCUGCCACAUUUACUUAGAUAAUUCAGUGGCCUGUUCUGAGCUGAGGCUCAGCCUUCUUGUUAAAGGACAGAUUAGCAACUCCCUCCCUCACCAUUCCAGGCUCCCAUCCUCCCACCCAAACUAAGUUUAAAAAUAAUCAGAAACUAAAAAGCACUUAAAAGAGAUUAACCUUGAUGUAAUCAGAAGAACUGAAAGAAUAUUGGAAAACCAAACAUUGAACAUAAGCAUACCCAGCAUUCUGUGUUUCAGGUUUGUGACAAGUUGUUUUUCAAAGUACCUUUGGCAGUAAAAGUACCUUUCUGCUAUUCCAGUCCAUUGUUGGAAUUAGCACUUAGACACUAUCCAAGCAAGUAUUAUAGACCUCUUGAAGUUUUUUCUUUCCUUAGCCGCACUGUCCUUAUCUUAAUGCCUGUGAAUUAGAGGUCUGUCUUACAUUUAUUAUAUUGUUGUAUGCCGUCGAGUUUCUUCCGACUCCUAGUGACACUGUGUGAUAGAGUAGAACUGCUCCAUCUUUACAGGGGCAGAUCGCCAAGAGUCGUUGGUGGGUUCUAACCACUGACCUUUCGGUUAGCAGCCGAGCACUUAACCGCUGUUCCACCAUUUGUUAUAGUAAACCUAUUAUUGAAUCGUUUCCAACUCAUAGCGACCCUAUGGGACAGAGUAGAACUGCCUCAUGGAGUUUCAGAACUGUACAGCCACACCUUUCUCCCUCGGAGUGGCUUCUGUUUAUUAUAGUACUAGGAGGUAAAUAGGAAGGAGCCCUGGUGGCACAAUGAUUAAGCAGUCAACUGCUAACCAAAAGAUUGGUGGUUCAUAUUCACCCAGCUUCUCUGCAGGAGAAAGACCUGAUGGAUUGCUUCCGUAAAGAUUACAGCCGGGAAAAACCCUAUAGGAUCACUAGGCGUCGGAAUGAACUCAUGGCACUCAUCAACAACAAAGGCACGGAAUGUUAACACUGGUGAAUUGGCAGCAAUUAAAGUAAUAAAAUUGGAACCAGGAGAAGACUUCGCAGUUGUGCAGCAAGAAAUUAUUAUGAUGAAAGACUGUAAACACCCAAAUAUUGUUGCUUAUUUUGGAAGCUAUCUCAGGCGAGAUAAACUUUGGAUUUGCAUGGAGUUUUGUGGCGGUGGUUCCUUACAGGAUAUUUAUCAUGUAACUGGACCUCUAUCAGAACUGCAAAUUGCUUAUGUUAGCAGAGAAACACUACAGGGUUUGUACUAUCUUCACAGUAAAGGAAAAAUGCACAGAGAUAUAAAGGGAGCUAACAUUCUACUAACGGAUAAUGGUCAUGUGAAAUUGGCUGAUUUUGGAGUAUCCGCACAGAUAACAGCUACAAUUGCCAAACGGAAGUCUUUCAUUGGCACACCAUACUGGAUGGCUCCAGAAGUCGCUGCUGUUGAGAGGAAAGGGGGAUACAAUCAGCUCUGUGAUCUCUGGGCAGUGGGAAUCACUGCCAUAGAACUUGCCGAGCUUCAGCCUCCUAUGUUUGACUUGCAUCCGAUGAGAGCAUUAUUUCUAAUGACUAAAAGCAAUUUUCAGCCUCCUAAACUAAAAGACAAAAUGAAGUGGUCAAAUAGUUUUCAUCAUUUUGUGAAAAUGGCACUUACCAAAAAUCCAAAAAAAAGGCCUACAGCUGAAAAAUUAUUACAGCACCCUUUUGUCACACAGCCUUUGACACGGUCUUUGGCGAUUGAGCUGUUAGAUAAAGUGAAUAACCCAGAUCAUUCCACCUACCAUUGUUUUGAUGACGACGAUCCUGAGCCUCUUGUUGCCGUACCACAUAGAAUUCACUCAACAAGUAGAAAUGUGAGAGAAGAAAAAACACGCUCAGAGAUAAACUUUGGUCAAGUACAAUUUGACGCACCCUUAAGGAAAGAGACAGAACCACAUCAUGAACUUCCCGACAGUGAUGGUUUUUUGGACAGUUCAGAAGAAAUAUACUACACUGCAAGAUCUAAUCUGGAUCUACAACUAGAAUAUGGACAAGGACACCAAGGUAGUUACUUCUUAGGUGCAAACAAGAGUCUCCUGAAGUCUGUUGAAGAAGAAUUACAUCAGCGAGGACAUGUGGCACAUUUAGAAGAUGAUGAAGGGGAAGAUGAUGAAUCUAAGCAUUCAACCAUGAAAGCAAAAAUUCCACCUCCUUUGCCACCAAAGCCUAAGUGCAUCUCUCUACCCCAGGAACCUCAUUCGGCCGAGGAUGACAAUCAGGGAACGAUCAAGCGGUGUCCCACGUCAGAGAGCCCAGCAAAACUGUCCCAAGUUCCGCCUAGACCACCACCUCCCAGAUUACCCCCACAGAAGUCUGUUGCUUUAGGAAAUGGAACAAGCUCCUUCCAGUUAAAUGGUGAACGAGAUGGCUCAUUACAUCAACAACAGACUGAACGUAGAGGCACAAACCUUUCAAGGAAAGAAAAGAAAGAUGUACCAAAGCCUAUUAGUAAUGGUCUUCCUCCAACACCUAAAGUUCAUAUGGGUGCAUGUUUUUCAAAGGUUUUUAAUGGGUGUCCCUUGAAAAUUCACUGUGCAACAUCAUGGAUAAACCCAGAUACAAGAGAUCAGUACUUGAUAUUUGGUGCGGAAGAAGGGAUUUAUACCUUGAAUCUUAAUGAACUUCAUGAAACAUCAAUGGAACAGCUGUUCCCCCGUAGGUGUACAUGGUUAUAUGUAAUGAACAAUUGCUUACUAUCAAUAUCUGGUAAAGCGUCUCAGCUCUAUUCCCAUAAUUUACCAGGCCUUUUUGAUUAUGCAAGACAAAUGCAAAAGUUACCUGUUGCUAUUCCAGCACACAAACUCCCUGACAGAAUACUGCCCAGGAAAUUUGCUGUAUCAGCAAAAAUUCCUGAAACCAAGUGGUGUCAGAAGUGUUGCGUUGUGAGAAAUCCUUACACGGGCCAUAAAUACCUAUGCGGGGCACUUCACACUAGCAUUGUGCUAUUAGAAUGGGUUGAACCAAUGCAGAAAUUUAUGUUAAUUAAGCACAUAGAUUUUCCUAUACCCUGCCCACUUAGAAUGUUUGAAAUGCUGGUAGUUCCUGAACAGGAGUACCCGUUAGUUUGUGUUGGUGUCAGUAGAGGGAGAGACUUCAACCAGGUGGUUCAAUUUGAGACUGUCAAUCCAAAUUCUACCUCUUCGUGGUUUACCGAAUCAGAUAGCCCACAGACAAGUGUUACUCAUGUCACCCAGCUGGAGAGAGAUACCAUCCUUGUAUGCUUGGACUGUUGUAUAAAAAUAGUAAAUCUCCAAGGAAGACUAAAAUCUAGCAGAAAAUUGUCAUCGGAACUCACCUUCGAUUUCCAGAUUGAAUCAAUAGUUUGCCUACAAGACAGUGUGCUAGCUUUCUGGAAACAUGGAAUGCAAGGUAGAAGUUUUAGAUCAAAUGAGGUAACACAAGAAAUUUCAGAUAGCACAAGAAUUUUCAGGCUGCUUGGAUCUGACAGGGUCGUGGUUUUGGAAAGUAGGCCAACUGAUAACCCUACAGCAAACAGCAAUCUAUACAUCCUGGCAGGUCAUGAAAACAGUUACUGAGAAAUGUUGUGCUUUGACAGUUAACUCUAGAAAGAAGGAACACUACUGCUGGGACGUUAACGGAUGCUUGAAGCUGUACAAAGCUGCAGUAACCUGGCUUCAGUUACUUGUAAUUUAUUGUGGCAUGAGACAAAGACGGGGAAAUUUGUGUUUUAAGUGGUAUGGAUAUAUUUAGCAUAUUGAACCACACAAGUGCUUAAUUCAUUGUUAUGUAAUCUUUGUACAUAUAGGCAGUAUUUUUCUGUGGAACUUCAUAUUGCUGAAGACAUACACUAAAAAUUUAUGUAGAUAAUGUACUUUUAUGAGAUGUACAAGUAAGUGUCUUUAUGUACAGAUGUAAAUGUUGAUGAAAAAUGCAAUUGGGAUUACUAUUUUAAGAAUCCUUUAGCAUAUUCUUGGGUGUGGUUAUAUUAAAAAAUGGGAUACUGGCAAUGAAAACAGUACAUUUAACACUAUUGUAUUUUUAUUAUAUGUAAUUUAGUAAUAUGAAUAUAAAUCUUGUAACUUUUAAAAUUGUAAUGGAGGCUGUAAUCAUUUUAUAAUCUUGUUUUUAAUUUUAAUGCAAGUACACUGGUGUUUAUAUUUGCACAGAGUAUUGAUAUGUGAUGUAUUAAGUCACAAAAGUAAGCUGUGACAUUGUCAAUAUGCAUUUGGCUCCCCAACAUCUUUUUAAAAUGUAUUUGGAUUGUUUUCUGUGUGAAACCAACCAAUUAACCACCUGUCGUAGUAACUGGCCUUUUUAUAUUUAAGCAGAAUUCUCUAAGAUUGCUUGUCUGUGCUUAAAAACAAUACCUUUGAAAGAUGUUUGAAUCACAGAAUAGCGGUACUGUGAUGUAACAAGGCAAUUCUUGUCUGAGUUACAGUAUGCACAAAGAAUAAGUUAGCAUUAUUAAAGAGUCCACACUAAGCAUUGCACACAUCACACUAAAGAACUAUAACAUUCCAUAGAGUGAAGUGGUUCAAAUUUCUAGUGGAAUUUUUACUUCUGUUGGCCUUAUUUUUUGAUCAUUUUCAUAUUUCUUUUGAUUUAGAGUAUUAACACAUGGCCAAAAUAAUUUAGUUACUACCUCAUACAAACAAUAUAAUGGUUACUACACAUCACAGGAACUUGGUUCUGGUUAAAGUCAUUUUUUGAUUGCUGUUUUCCAGUGGAAUAUGUAUAUACCAAGUUUUAGUAAAAUGCAUACUUUUGGCUCUUUUUUGGUAUAUGUUCUUUAUAUUUUAAUGUGAGUAUAUACACUAAGAACAAACUAAAUUGUGAUUUAUGGUCUUCAUUUAUUUUAAUUGAUAAUGCUUUUAAAUAUAUUCUUGAUUGUACAUAGUGUAAAAUAAACAUGUUUUUUAACAUGCUGUUGUGUAGUGGCUUAUCGCGUGGCUUAAUCUGUAUAACCCACUGCCGUAGAAUCGACUCCAGCUCAUAGCGACCCUAAAUUCUAAAUUAUAUUAAAGGGAAUUUUUUUUUAUUGUUAUUUAAAUCCUUAAAUACUCAAUUCUGGUCCCUUGAGUAACUAUUUUUAUUUGACCUAUGGUCUCAGUG